GACUAUUUCUGUUCAGACGAAAAAGUGUCAUUUUGAACGCAUGUGACUAGUGAAACUUCACGAAAUACUCUAAAGAAAUGGUGGACGAAGCAACUCGCAAAAGUUUAAGCGGGAUUCCUUUAUUAAAAACCAAAGCUGGCCCACGCGAUAAAGAACUUUGGGUACAGCGGUUAAAGGAAGAAUUUCAAGCACUCAUCAAAUAUGUCGAGACGAACAAGCAGCAGGACAAUGACUGGUUCCGGCUGGAAUCAAAUAAAGAAGGCACCAGGUGGUUUGGAAAAUGCUGGUAUAUUCAAGACCUUUUAAAGUAUGAAUUUGAUGUGGAAUUUGAUAUUCCUGUUACCUAUCCCACAACAGCCCCUGAAAUUGCUCUGCCAGAACUUGAUGGUAAAACUGCCAAAAUGUAUCGAGGAGGCAAAAUUUGCCUGACAGAUCACUUUAAACCUCUUUGGGCAAGAAAUGUCCCCAAAUUUGGAAUUGCCCAUGCAAUGGCUCUUGGGCUAGGACCAUGGUUGGCUGUAGAAAUUCCCGAUCUUAUCCAGAAAGGUGUCGUCGUAUAUAAAGAAAAGUAAUGCAACCUAUUUUUCAUUUCUGUUACAAAAUGU